GUUUUUUUGCCUUGUAAUUUGCUUCAGAAUGGUGCGUUAUGUCGUUACAUUUGCUGUCAAUUAACUCAACAGAGUUUAUGAAUUAAUUAAUUGCGCGCAAUCAUUAUGACAUCAGUAAUUGUGCCAUUAGUGUCGCGCGUGCUACGUGCGUGUCUCGCGAAGCAUUCCCACGUCACUCGUGGGAAAUUCUCUAGCUAAAUGUCGCGCGAAUUCGAAAAGAAAAUGACUUUGAAUUUUUUUAAAUUUAAUUUACAAAAAAAAAACUGUAAUAUUUUUACUUAACAGGGAAAAAAUAUUCAAUAGAUCACUAAUCAUUAUCAUGAUAAACAUAUUCAAAACUGUUUACACAGGAAAACUGGGUCAACAAGUAAGGAUUAAAUCCUGCAUUCCUUUGCAGCGAGGGUUACGCGUUUAUUUGAUUAAACUUAAAGAUAUCGUCUUUCUUCGAAACAUUUCUCCAGCUUCACUGCAUUUUAAAGAAGAUGUCCAAAUCGAAAAAAAGCAAUCAAAAAAAUGGAUUGCAAGAAAUUCAUUUCCAGUCUCUUGACGUUCUCGUUACGCGACCAAGAGCUCGUUCCCAAAUCUAUCAAGUGGCGACGCAAAUUGUAGAUGGUCGAAGACAGCGCAGUCUCUCACAGGUCCAGAGACGUGUGAGUCAAACCUUUCGUAGACAUAGAGAAUCCCGACAUGCCUUGCAAGGUGUGUGCGAAACACGUGAUCAAAGUUUGUACUCGGUCAAGAAACUGGACACGAAGCAAAAAAAUUCGUGUUAUUUUGACAUGAAUUUAUCCAAAUUGGAAAUUUUUCGUCGAGCGAGUAAAAUCAUUCAACUUUUUGCAUCGAUAUGCUUGUACUGCCAUCAGAAAGAAAAAUCAAAAUUGGAGUAUAUAAAACACACAGCGUUUACAGAAUACCUUCAAGAUGAGGAGAAAGUAAAUGAAGAAUCGGAAAGCAAUAUACAUUUUAAUGUUUCGUAUUUCAAAGCUAGUCGUAAGAUGUAUGUCUCUUCUGAAGCAAAGUUUGUGCUAUCUUUAGCAAAAAGCGAAAGGACAGAGCAACAAAUAGCCAAGGUGAAAUUUUGGUUUGGUCAUAUUCGAGCUUUUGCCGAAUAUCCUUGUCGCAUUCAAGAGAAAAUGAUCCAAGUCGGUUGGUAUGAAGGGCAUCCUGCAAAACGUGUGUUGAUCCGACAAGGUCACAGACCACAAGCAUUUUAUUUUCUUCUCUCUGGUUCAGCUGUGGUCACUGUCAUGGAUAAAAAUACUCAAGUCAGUCGAACCGUUCAUUUUUUAAAGCGUGGCGAUAGUUUUGGAGAACUCGCUAUACUUCAUGAUACGACAAGACAGUCAUCCAUUAUCACGAGAGAGUUUAGCGAAGUACUGGUCAUUUCAAAAGAGGAUUUUGUUGAUAUAUUCAUGACUAGUAGUGGUGUCAAGACGGUAAAUGAUCCCGAUCAUCUUGACUUCAUCAGGAAUAUUAAUUUUUUGAAAGACUGGCCAAUUGAGAUUCUUUCCCUUAACACAAAGCGAUGUUUAUUUCACUUCUUCGGACGUGGCUCAGUGUUAGUGAAAGAUAGCAAUCAUUCAGAGUGGAUCUACAUUAUUAAAUCGGGAAGUUGUCGCGUUCUGAAGAAAUUGAAGAAGGUUCACUCGCAUUUGACGCAACAUCAGAAACGAGUCGUUGGUUUUGAGCGAGUUUCCAGUCGUAUUAGAAAGCCCUCAAAACAAUGUAACAAUUUACAACUGAAAAUCUCAACUGUAACUGAGGGUGACGAACCAGGAAGCUUUAUCGAUGACGUCAGCAACCAAGCACGUGACAACGCGGAUGGUACAAGUGAAAAUAGUACAAGUGAAACUGACGUCAUUGAUAAGGUAGCGCAUGCUCAACGUACUAUUACUGGUUGGAUAGAACCAGAGGUGGAGCAUGUAGAUGACAAUAAGUAUCUUGGAGAAUCCAUUAGGAAGAAAUUCAAUAAUAAUGUCAACAACAAGCAUACCCUCAGCUUGCCUUCAUUGGACAAGUCCCAAAAAAGUCUUUCAAAUAAAGGCAAUCAUUCGUCAUUGAAAGUUCGCUCUCCUCAAAGAAACUACGAAAAUUUCCUGAUAAAAAACAAAAAAGAUAAUGAAGAUGUACUUCCUUUGAAUCAAUUGUCAUUUCUUGAUGAAGACGACACAAAGAAAGAUAAUUCGGUGACAUUUGAUGAAUCCAAGUCGGUGUUUGUCGAAGUUGCAAGUCUCACUAAAGGAGAUACCUUUGGAGUAAACCACUUGGUGUUCGAACGACAACCAAGUCUAAGUUUGGUUAGCAAUGGUGCCGAAUGUAUUGUUAUUGCAAAGAAGUUCUUCCUUGAACAUUGUAAUGAGGCAAUGAAACGAAGAUUACUUCUUGAGGAACAAGCUUACCCGAAUGACGAAAUUUUGCAGAAAAGUCUUCAGAAUAAGAUCAAUUGGGAAAGUUUCAAAAGAAAGACACUGAAGUGCACAAUACACAACCUUACUCAAAAAUUAAUUUAAACUUGGGAAAAUAUAUGUAUUUCAUAACAAAGAACAAAUAUUUUUGUUAUAUUUUAAGUAAACUUUCAAUGUUCAUCAUGAUAGUAGUUCAAUCAACACUCAGGACAGCAAAAAUUUCCAAACCAAGAACAGUUUUUUUCUUUCAUCAAUGAUACUUUCUCAUCAUACUGGUAUCUGUAAAGUAAAUGAAAUUCAUUUAGCAAGUCAAAACCUGAAGUUUAGCCACUCAAACCUGAAGUCAACCCUGCAUUUCUGGUAGUUGCUAACAAUUCACCAUUGUUCUAUGAGUACAUCACUAAGAAUAGUGAUGAAGAUUGUCUGUACUUGAAGAGAAAUGCUAAAUCAACUUACGCUUCAAAUGUUUGUACUCGAUGCAAUAAUUGAGAAACAUUGCUAAACCAAUAACGUGAAGGAAAGGGUGAUUUUCCCAUUUUGCAAAGCAAGUACUUCUGCUGAUAACGAGAUACCAUUCCCAUAAAUCCACGUGGAAUACUAUUCAGUUUAAACUUCUUGAAAUACGCCGGUAAUUCACCAAGUUUAACGUCACUUAUCGGAGGAUUAUUGGACGCCAUUUUUCACAGGGUACAAGAAAAA